AUGAUCAACAACGAAGAAGUAACAUGGCUCUCAGUCUCCGGCAGUAAGAGGGUGCUAAGAAUCCCCGGAGGUAAAACUAAUAAAAACAAAGCGAAAGACAUCUGUACUGCAACCUGGAAUAUCAGAAGCAUAUAUCAGGCUGGUAAGCUUGCCAACACAGUAAAUGAAAUGAAAAGAUUGAACAUCGACAUCUUAGGAAUAUCUGAAACAUGGUGGGCGGGAUCAGGCGAAUGUGUAACCAACGGACCAAAAUUAUACCACUCAGGCAAUGAAACCGAUGCUCACAGAAGAGGUGUAGGAGUAAUAAUUCCGCAACACUUAACCAAUUGCGUAACCAAUUUUAUGCCAGAGUCAGAUAGAGUGAUGUUGUUGAAAAUUAAUGCAAAACCGUUGACAUUAAAUAUUAUCCAGGUAUAUGCGCCUACAUUUGAUAAGUCUGAGGAAGAGGUAGAAGAUUUCUAUGCAGAAGUCACCAAAGUAUUGAAAUUAACAAGACGCCAUGAGUUGAACAUAAUUAUGGGAGAUUUCAACGCGAAAGUUGGUGAUGAAAAAGUAGAAAAUGUUUGCGGUAAUUUCGGACUGGGUGUGAGAAAUUGCAGAGGUGAUAGACUUGUUCAAUAUUGUCAGGAACAAAACUUAAGAAUAAUGAACACAUACUUCAAAUUACCACCACGCAGAUUAUACACCUGGAAAUCUCCUCAAGACUCAAUUAGCCACAUUGUACGAAAUCAAAUUGAUUUCAUAUUAAUUAACAAUAGAUUUUGCACAUCAGUUAAAGGAGCUAGAACUUAUCCUGGAGCAGAUGUACCGAAGGAUCAUAAUUUAUUACUAGCUGAAAUUAAAUCUAAACUCGUUGCGAAACCCAAGGUUCCACAACAGGUGAGGUUAAAUCUAGAUAGGUUGAAAAACGAAAAUAUCAGAGCUAGAGCUGCUGCAAAGAUAAAUGAUCAAUUACGGAACAUAGAAACAGAAAAAGAUACGCAAUCUAUAUGGAAUCAAACGAAAAUGGUGCUGAACAAUGUUGGCAAAGAAAAUUUAGGUACCAAAAAAUAUACGGCAAAACGAAAUUGGAUUACAGAAGAGAUUUUGAUGUUAAUGGAACAACGAAGAUCGCACAGAAAUAAAAAUACAAGCGAAUAUAAGAGGAUUAACAGAAUUAUUCGUAUCAAAAUCAGACAGGCUAAGAUCACAUGGUUACAGCAAGAAUGUGGAGAAAUAGAAAGAUUGCAGCACCAAAAUGACGCGGAGACGCGGUCUUUCUGUGAACCCCGUAAAAACUGA